AUUUAUUCCCUUUCCAAAAGACAAAAGUAGAGAGAUCUGUGUGUCAAGUGAGGUUCCAAUCCCCACAGUUUAAUACGAGAAUUUAAUUUGAUACGAUGGGAAAUUGCUGUGGAUCGCAGGCAGCAGCCUCCAAACCGGAUGCUCCGGACCAUGCGCCAACAACUGUCGACACACUUAAAACAAAAGACGAUACGUAUGAGCACAGGAAGGCCAAAGAGGAAGAACAUUCCCAGGACAUAGAGGCCGAAUACAAACAGCUAAUGGCCGCGGUAGACGAGCAUGCCAAAAAACGCGGCGAGUACUUUGACAAAUCAAAGGCCGCCCAUGACAAGGGCGAUGACGCGGCGGCCAAGGAACUGUCCAACAAGGGCAAAGAACAGGGCAAACUCAUGGAGGAAGCCAAGCGAAAGGCGUCCAGGGCCAUGUUUAAGAAGGUCAAUGCAGACCAUCCAGAGGGCACCUGUGAUUUACACGGGCAACAGGUAGAGCCGGCCAUGAAUCUUUUAGAGUCAUUUAUUGCCGAUAUGAAGGCGAAGGGCUUAAAAGAAGUCACGAUAAUUACAGGAGCCGGCAACCACAGUGAUUUUCACGGUCCUAAGAUCAAGCCAAAAGUGCACGAAUUCUUGAAAAAAAAGGGCAUGCCCUUCGAAGAGGUCAACAAUGGGUCAGUCAAGGCUACAAUUUAAGUGAUAGGUGCAAAGAAAAAACGUCACAUACCCAGAAUCUUAGUAGCGAACACUUGGCACACAGGGCCGUACAGACUGAAACAUCUGGAGCCAUUCAGUUUCUGAUCGGUAUUUGAGCCUUGAAUGUGACUGCCAAGCUCGUAAAGUUAUUAUUCGUAUCUUCGAUUAUUAUUUCUCCUUCUCUGGGGGUGAGUGUGGGAAAGAAGCAAAACAACUCCCUUGAAUUGCGUGAAACAGGCUCGAUUCGCAUCAAAGUGGUUCUCUGGCACUCAACAGCGAAUUCCAAAUAUUAGUCAAGCAGAUUCCUUGAUUUGCUUAAUGCACGUUUGUUUUGCAUCAAGGUGGUAAUCCGGCACUUCAAUUAUUAGUCAAGAGAUAUCCUUACGUCCGUUACUUGGGAUCGAGCGUAUAAACAGUCAUGAACGUACAUGCAUCAGGUAAUAUAUAUAGAGAUUGAUCCACACUCCGUAGACAUGUAUGCACUAUUGCACUACUAUGUAAAUAAAAUAGAGCACCAAUGCAAC